UCCAAUAUGGCGCUGCACUAGGUUCAUGAUGUAAACAUCUACUUGAUCCUAAAAUCAAAUACUGCAGUCGAUAUACKGCGUUUAGAUAUGAGCAGAAGAUGGUUAAUGAAUUGCUGCCUUCAGUUUUACCGUGUGAGUGGAUGCAAAACUUUGGAUCACAGAAUUUUUGCAAAAACACGAGAUCUGUGUAGCUUGUCAACGGCAGUGAAAGUCAGCUCAAAGGAAAUCAUCCAUUCAAAUAAAAAAGGGAAAARUCAAUCAAAGAAAAGAGAGGAGAAAUUAGUACUGAAUAUUACGGACGAGCAAUCAAAGAAUAUUUUAAAAGACUUGAAUAACAGAACACUUGAGCAACUUACAAACACCAAAAACAUCGGGAAAAACAAAGCAGAAGCCCUUUUUAAAUUUAAACAAGAUCAUGGUCCACUAACUGACCUGACUCAACUGAAGAACRUCAAAGGUUAUGGAAAAGCUUUCUUUUCAUGGCUUGAGCAGAAUGGUGAACUCCCACCCACAACAAAGAAGUUUUCCAGACAGCAYGAGAUCUUGGGUUUUCUCAUUUCUGAUGAGCAAAAACAGGAUAUAUCAAAUAUAGUGUCAAUAGACAUUGGUCUGUCUAAUGCCGCAUGGAUUCACAUGGAUAAAGACCACAAUGUCUUAGCAUGGAAACAAACAUACAUCACCAAGCCAAAGCCAUACAACCCUGCAUCCUUUAAACCUCAGGUGCAAGCAUUUGUGGACUCACUCCCUCAAGCAGAUGCCUUUGUAAUAGAGAUGCAAAGCCACAGAGUUGGAAAACAUGCUGCUUCCCUCCUCCCAUUUGUCAUUCAUCUACGAAUCAUGGAAGCCAUGCUACACUGUUUAGUACAAUCCCCAGUCAUUCCCAUGGACCCUCACUACACCUCGAAAUACUUCAAACUACCAACUGGACAAUCACAAAAGAAGAAAGCUGCUAUCACCUUAGUGCAGAGUUUAUUUCUGGAACGGAAGGAUGUUGCCAUUGAAGAUGAGUGYGAGAACUUUUUGAAAGAGAAAUCAGGACUAGAAGGCAGUGAAAUUCUUGUGGGAGGACUUGUUGGUGUCCAAGGGGAGGCUGCACUGAUGCAAAGUAAUGGRACAAGUUCUUCGGGACUUGAGUUAAAACUUCAGAUUUCAGAGAACCUUAUUCAGUAUUUUCAAGGCUGUAAGAAGAAAGAUGAUUUGAGUGAUUGCUUGUUGCAGGGAUUGGCUUUYUUUAAUCUACUGGCUGAAAGUCAGGAAUGAUGCAAGAUAAUUUAAAUGAAAUUAUUUGUGGACAGAAUGAGGUAAUGACAUCGUAAAGGAAUCAACCACUGUCUAAAAUUCAUAAUUAUAAUUAUUGAAAGAGAUUGYUCAAUAUAUCGAUAUCAAAAGGCAGUAAAAGUUGUGAUGAUUAAAUGUUAUGUCAAGAUUUAAACGUAUUUUAGCCUCAUCAGCAGGCAGCCCUUCAAUUUGCCCAACUGGGAUCCCUGUAGUAUAYCCUCUGUAAUCCCAUAAUCCCCUGCAGUCUUGUAAGAAAACAGGUAGCCCAAAGGAAUAAAAAAGGGGAAAAGUUGCCUAAAGACGCAUAAAGCGGUUGCUAGCCUUAUGUGAAUUUUUUUUCUAUUAAUUGUUAAGAUAAGCAAGACUUCAGAAACAAAUUAUUUAUUAAUUCUACAAUUACUAGAGUUGGAAAACAUUGCUCAGGCUUCUAUGCAGUUUAAUGAAUUAAACAUGUUAAAAUUUUAUAUUUUAAUGUCAAAGAAAAUAAAAUAAUUUGUUCUCUA